AUGGCGGCGUGCUCCAUGUCAUCCACUUUAAAGGACGGCACGGUUCUGGCAGCUAUAGCUUUGGGGGUGAGCGCCCCCCCCCCAAGAAAACCCCCAUGGAAGAAUGGGGAUCCUAGGGGAGGCCUCAUUGGGGAAAGUGUUAAGAACAGUUUUGGUUUAAGAAUGGACUUCCCCAACGGAUUAAGUUCAUAAACCAAGGUACCAGUGUAUUGGGAUCUGCUGCCCCUGUGGAUCCUGUCUUCUGAGGUGGUCAUCUUCCUCCUCCUCCUCCUCCUGCUUUCCACCUCCUGCCAUCAAGAUUUUCUCAAGAUGAAACCCAGAGCACUAACAGGAUUAUAGGAACAAGGAGGAAGCUUCCUUAUACCAAGUCAGAUACUUGGUCUGUCUGGCUCAGUACCAGCAUCAACUCUCUGGGGUUUCAGGGAGUGGACAUCCUCAGGCCUACCUGGUAAUGCUAUUGGGGACCUUCUGUGUGUGAAGCAGGUACUCUCCCACUGAGCUACAGCCCUUCUCUGAUAUUUCAGUUUCCCACCCCAUAAUCUAAUUUCUCUCUCCUUUUGUAUCAAGUGCCUUCAAAAACAUUUCUUGCAAGCUCCUGCACAGCCCAGAGGUGCUUCUUGCUCCUGGGAUCCUUUGGCUUGCUGAUUGGAACAACCAUUGGGGUUUGGUUUCUGGGUAAGUACAGGCCAGCUAAGGAGGAUGUGCAUAGCCAGGCUUAAGUGGGCAUAUGGAGAGAAGUUGCUUCUUCGGUAGCCCAGCUCUGGUGGUUGCUAUGUGGGGCGCAGUAACUAGGCUGCUGUUCCACCCUCCUUCUACCAUUGUCCUCUUAGUGAAACAACUGCAGAAGCCCCUUCCCCUUCAGGGGUCGUUCCCCCUCCAGGACCCAGAGGCUGCUCUAACAAGGUGCAGGGAAACGAUGGGAGAAGGGGAGAAGGACCAAGACACCCUCGCUGGAGACGCCGGGAGCAAAAAAGGUUGGGAAUCUCCAAUGUAGCACUAAGUUAAAGGCACUAAAGAGGUGUACUCGUUUUGCCUGUGAAAUGGGUGUUGGUGCGCAAAAGAACGCAUAACCACGUUGUUGGCGACUUUGUUGCGCAAUGGGUUGCACAAGUUUCCGUUACUGCAGCUAGGGUUGCCGGACCUCCAGGGUGGCAGGGGGAGGGCUUGAAUUUCCAGGUGGGCAAGAGUACUUUUGACUGAUUGAUUGAUUGAUUGACUGAUUGAUUGAUUGAUUGAUUGAUACUACAAUUAUGCAUGCUGUUCCCAAGCUUCAGUUACCAGGAACCAGCUGCAAAAUUGCAUAGACUCUCCACCGUGAGCUGCUCAUCCCUGUCCCAAUGAAUCUCUAUCUCCAGGGCUCAGUGGAUGGAGGGUGUGCAGAGGAAGAAUCAUCAGGGUCUGCCUCUGUGACACCACUAUGGUCUCAGUUUGGGCCCUGAAAUCUCAGGGUCUGGGAUGUUUCUGAUCUGGUAACUCUAACUGCAAUUGCUGCGUUGUAUUCCUCUGUUGCACAACAUUAAAACUCACCUGUCUGCUACUGCAAAAGCCCUAGCGCUAGCAGAGAGAGAAUGCAGGAUACAGCUGAUAUAUAGUACAGUGACUAACACAACAUUUUUUAAAUGAACUCUUUUUUUAAAAAAAAUGGCAAACUCUAAACCGAAGACUGGAAAAAUGAGAAAGUGAGAGAACUCAAAACUGACAAGUUCAUCCAUAUGUGCUUAGAAGAAAGGUGGAAUGUGUUUUUGGGGUGCUGACUGUAUGGAUAGCGGAUCUUUUGAGGAGCACAACUCAUCUGUGCAAAGGUGUCUACAUGAGUGAGGCUCACAGAAGAAAUCUAGCUAUUGCAAACAAUCAGGUAAAAGCUGAAAGAAGUAGACACAGCUGCAUACUCCUUACACCACUAUGCUGCCACUAUCUCCCCCUCCCCUUAAAAAAAAUGCCUUGUGAAGGCCUGAUUGCCCCAAAUUGAUGGAUAAUACAGAAUUCCUUCCCAGCAGGAGCAGAUCAAGCCCAGCAGGAUGAGGUUUUUAAUCCACCCCUUUUUAGUAUUUUUCAGAAUAAACAGAAGCAACUUCUUAUUGGAAGUGCAGGUUGAGGGUCAAUCCAACUGGUUUCUGGUAUGCCAUGAAAACUGGGAUGUCUCCCUGGGGAUGCAAAUCUGCAGGUGGUUGGGUCAUGCCUGGUAAGUGCAGCAAGAUGGGGUGUCAAAUCUUCCCAAUCCCCCAUGCUUUGUUGUCUUGUCUAUGAAAGGCAGUUGCAUAAAUCAGUCCAUCAGCUCACAAGAUAUGGAACCUGUUCUGGAUAUCUACAGAACCCCUCCAGAGGUUUCAUUAUUUCGCAUCACUGAAAUUGUAGUCUUCCAGGUCUGGUUGUAGCACACUCUUACAUGCACACAAACACACACACACUUUGCUAAUUUUCUGGGUGACAUUUUUAUUUUCGGUACCACGUCUGCCUCCCAAACUUUCCACUCAGAGACACUCUCCCAUACCACUUAUCAUUCAUUUGUUCAUUCAUUCAUUCAUUCAUUAAAAUGUAUUUAAAUCAUUCCCAUACCAUUUCACAUUUCCAAAGGAAUCUGCAAGUGGUUUACAACCUGUCUUUAAAUGACAAAAUGUUGAACUGAGUAACACAUUGCAAACUAGAAUCUGAUACAAAUCACUUUCUCUUAUCAGAUCUUGCUGCUAUCCAGGCUUCAGCCAGUCACAGAUCAACAUCUGCCAGGCUUUUAAAAAGGCAGAUAUAGAUAGAUAGAUGAUAGAUAGAUAGAUAGAUAGAUAGAUAGAUAUGCAACUUUCAGAUUUGAUUAUUAAUAUGUAGUUUAAAAAAUACUAACUUUGAUUAUUUUGAACAUUUUUUAAAAUUGAUGUGGUCUUUAUCAUUUUAUUUGCAAACUCACAUGAAAAUUCAUGUUGAAGUGUGGUGUAGGCAUCCCAGCUAACUCCAGUUAAAAUGAGCAGCCAAUAGGCAGCCAAUGUUUGGCCUUCCAGAUGUGUUCUGGACUACAAGUCCCAUCAUCCCUUGCCAUUGGCCAGGCUGGCUGGGGCUGAUGGGAGCUGCAGUCCAACCACAUCUGGAGGGCAUCCCUGGAGUAGUCCAUACCAAUGUAGGAAGAGCCAUAGAUUCAUGAACACACACACAGGGGUGUGAUUUUUUCCAAAGUGAUGACUCCUGUCUGUCACUCCUGCAGGCUCACCCACCACAAAGGGGUAAACCUAACAGAUGUGAAGCUGAACACCACCCAAGAGUUUGCUCAGAUUUUGCCCAACUGGAAACGAAACAUCAAGGAUAAGUGGCAAAUGAGGUGGGUCCCCUGCUUAAGCUGAACUCCCAUUUUCUUUUCUUUUGUUUUGUUUAAUGUCAAAACAUGAUUUCAGGCUUUUUGAGUGGCAUCCAAUUGCUUUCUAUAUGUGUGUGUGUGUGUGUGUGUGUGUGUGUGUGAUUUUUCCAACCAUACAAAAGUAAGAAUCAUCAUAACAGAAACAAUAGUAACAAACGCACACAACUGUAUGCCAAAACAAUUUCAAAUCCAAAAAUAGGGAUUCUCCGAAUCCCGUGACUCCCCUCCCCUGGGUACUGCACAUUUUAAUUCACACACCCCUGCAACCACUUGUUAAAGAUUUUUGCUGCAGUAAUAUCUCCUGAGCAGGAUGAAUAAAAUAUUGGGGUGGCAGAUAAGCCCCUCCCCGCAUAAUCAAUCACAAAACACAGUGCGCACACACCAUUUGAAUGGCACUGUCCAUCAACUUGGGGAGGGAGGCCCCCCGCAAAUAUUUUAUGGGGGGGGCCAAAGGGACCUUGGCCCCUAUGCUCCUGAGGCAGGCAGAUGCCAGCCUAUUAUUGGCUCUUUGUAAUCUGCCUUAGGAUAUAUUUGUCUGGAAAAUGCCACAGAAAUUUGAUCAGUCAAGAGGAUUCUAUCAGCUUACCAAUUUCCUCAGACUGCUAUAUCCAGAAAUUGUCGUGGCUGUGCAUAACGGGUCUGUUUGGGCUUCACAGCAUUUAACCACCAAUUUGUUUUAUUCAGGAGUAGAUGCCCUUCGGGUCGCAUUGUGGCCCUCAAAUGUUCUGGUAAGUAACCCAAACUCACCUUAUGGUACUUCAGAAACCAUCAUACAUUGGUCCCCUGAUUUGCCCUGAAAAAAGCACCUUCCCACCAACAGCCAAAUGCGAUGUUGUUAACAUCCAGCCAUCUUUGAUAAACAGACAAACAUCUAAGACAGGCAUAAGCAACCUUUGGCCCUCCAGAUGUUUUGGCCUACAACUCCCAUGAUCCCUAGCUAAGAGCACCCGUGGUCAGGGAUGAUGGGAAUUGUAGUCCAAAACAUCUGGAGGGCUGAAGGUUGCUUAUGCCUGAUCUAAGGCAAUGCAGACUCUGGGUGAAAAAUAAAAUGUGUGCAGCCAUUUGCACGUUGGGAGCAUUUAUCUGCAUCAAAUACACAUGCUUUAUUGCCAUCCUUUGCUGUGACUGAGGUCCAAUCUGCACAAAACUGAGGUGUGCCUCAGGAACCUUCACAUUCUUAAAGGAUGCUGGGCUGUGGCCCUUCACCCUAGGAAUACCUCAACACUCUUUCAAGCAAAGGUUGUUUUUCUCUCAGAUUCCUUGAGAGCAAAUCUGAGGAGUAAGCCCCCCACCUUUCAUCUUCCCCACAGAGUGUGGCUCCAAGGCUCCACAGGCAACGGAGAGAAAGGAGCCAUCUCCGGGGCACUGGCCAUGGCAGAUCACCCUUUAUCACGAGGCCAACUAUUUCUGCGCAGGAUCUAUGGUGUCGGAGGAGUGGAUUGUCACAGCUGCUCACUGCAUGCACAAGUAAGCAUGGGAGAAUCUGACUCCAACAGCAGGAAAGAAGGUGCAGAUCUGGCCAAAGGUUUUUCAUAGAAUCGUAGAAUUGUAAUGAACUCUUCAAGCAAGGUCUUAGUAAAUAGGAGGCAGGGUAUGCAAACAAGUUUUCUCUCCUCUCCCCACUGUUUCCAAACAUGUUGGGUUUUUCCAUGCAAAAUGAGACAGGACUACUGCAAUGCGCUCUACGUGGAGCUACCUUUGAAGGUGACCUAGAAACUACAACUAAUCCAGAAUAUGGCAGCUAGACUGAGACCAUAUAACACUGGUCCCGAAAGACCUACAUUGGCUCCCAGUACGUUUCCGAGCACCUUUAAAGCCCUAAAUGGCCUCGGCCCAAUAUAUCUGAAGGAGCAUCUCCAUCCCCAUCGUUCAACCCAGACACUGAGGUCCAGCUCCGAGGGCCUUCUGGCUGUUCCCUCACUACAAGGUUACAUGGAACCAGGCAGAGGGCCUUCUCAGUAGUGGCACCCACCCUUUGGAAUGCCCUCCCAUCAGAUGUCAAGGAAAUAAACAACUGACUUUUAGAAGACAGCUGAAGGCAGCCCUGUUUAGGGAAGUUUUUAAUGUUUGAUGUUUUAUCACAUUUUUAACCCAGCCAGAUAGGUGGGGUAUAUAAUAAUAAAUUAUUAUUAUUAUUAUUAUUAUUAUUAUUAUUAUCGUCGUUAUUCGGUCUUGAAACCCUUUCUGAAUAUCUGGCACAUUCAUCCUCUGGAGCUGGAAGCGAAAAAGCCCAGUGAGGCAGAACUGGAAGGCCAAGCAUGCUCAGGAUUUUUGUUUCGUUCCAGGCUUUCCGGCUGGGUGGCCUUUGCUGGGCUUGAAGACCACACCAGUGGCAAAGAGCAGGUGGAAGUGGCAGUGGAGAAGGCAGUUCCCCACCCCAACUACAGCAGCAGGAGCCCCGACUAUGACAUUGCAAUGUUGAAGCUGAAGGAGCCUCUGCGUUUCUCAGGUGAGCUGUGCCAGCAGCCGAUGACGGUGGGCCAUUUACCCACAAAGGGGAUCCAGAUUUGCAAAGGGAGCUUUAUACAUGUAAGUGCACAUUUAUAAAUAAUUGCUAUAAUUCAAAUGGAAAUGCAAUUAAUUGUACCAUGGUGUGCUUCCUCAGUCUGUUGUCCAGGUUUUGCUAACUGUUGAUGGGCAACAUCGUAUCAUGCUUAAACCAGACUUUUAAAGAAAGGAAUGGCCACUGCAAAGCAGACUCACAGCCACCUUCCAUCCCACUUUGAGAAGAACUCUCAUGUCAUAAGCUUUGGUCUUGGCACAAAGGCUAAAGGUGGAAAUUGGAACUCCUACACCAGGGGUCAGCAAGGCUUACUGGGCAUGGGACGGAUCACUCCCGCUGAGAACCUCCGUGGGCUGGACCAGUGCAACGCGAUGCCAGAAAUCAUAUCUGCGCACAUCUGCAGUGCCGGAAAUCGCUUCUGCGCAUGCCCAGACACCAAAAAUUGUGCCUGCGCAAAAGCGAUUUCUGGCGUCUGGGCAUGUGCAGAAGCGAUUUCUGGAGCUGCGGAAGAGAGUCCCCACACCGCACUGUGCCGGCUUAGCGCAGAACGCAGGCAGCUUGGUUUGGGGGCAGCUCGUGGGCCAGUUAAAAGGCCUCCGUGGGCCUCUUCCGGCCCAUGGGCCGCAGGUUGGAGACCCUGUCCUACACCAUCAGUUCAAUGGCUAUAAGAUAUAUCCUUCCUUCCAAGAUACUGUUGGAGCUGUGUGUUUACCCCAGUACCAUCAAGACAUCCCUAGCGGAAGCACAUGCUGGAUUUCGGCUCAGGACACCACAAGAUUAGACAAUGGUAAGUAACUAACCUAGGGAGAUUUUAUUUAAAAAAUGUUUAUGUAUAUAGAGACACCAUUGUUGCAAGGAACAGGAUGUUGCUCCUUGUUUUGCAGCCACAGGCGACCCUGCUGAGACACUGAUGGAAAUGCCAGUGACCCUCCUCAGCACCCAGAAGUGCAACAGCUCAUGUAGGAUGGCAGGGGAGCUCAGCCCUAGAAUGCUCUGUGCCCAUUACUUGGAUGGAAACACUGAGGCCUGCAAGGUAAUAGCUGGGAAGUGUGUGGCUUUGCAGUUGCGGUGGGAUAGGGGACACGUAGGGUCAGAAAUACCAGGGUGAGAGCAAAUGCGGACUUCGGUCUUGCAAAUUUAAGCGGCACACUGUGCGAGACCAAAAUUUGGCACUCCCACCACCUCUUGCCUUCCGUUCUGCUCAGUUCACAAUGCCAAAGUUGCAGCACCCCCUAGGCUCAGCGCUCAUUGCAGCAGAAUCAUUUGCGCUGCCUAAAUCCAUCACUGGUGAGAGGAGUCCCUAAGGGGUGAGGGAAUCCCUACAGAAUGGCCAGAAUCCAAGGAAAAGUAGUUUAAAAUAUUUGAUUGUUUUCAAACUGUAUUACAUAUUAGUGAAAUAAUCAUUUGACAAAAGUUAUUUUAUUAAAAAAUAAAAUCAGAGCCUAGUGUUCUGAUAGCUUUUCAAAUUGCCUUUGCGUUCAGGAAGGAGCAGGUUUUAAUUUGAGUAACAGAAUACAGUAUUUCCUGCGUUACUUUUCCUUACAUCAGUUCAAGACAAAGGGCUCAGAGACUUCAUUUUUAAAAUUGCAUACACAUAUUUGCAGAGAGAGAAAAUGGAACACAGCCGACAGUGCCUCAGUUUUAGUCAAUGAGGUCUAUAGAACCUUGUCUAAGUUGCUUUCCUAUACAAAAUGGAUAUUUCCCAAGAAAAAAAAAGCAAAUGUUUAUCAAUCAGUCUCUACUCCAUGGAUGGUAAAUUCUUUCCCUUUCUGUUUAAACAUGAUAAAGCAGCUCUCUCUUCUGGUGGUUUCAUUUAUGUCUUCUCUUCUUCUGCCUUUUUAAUGCUAGAAUUUGUUUACUGUUCCUCUACCCCUGGCUAUUACUGGAUUUUAAUGUUUUAUUGUUCAUAAGCCACCCAGAGAACACUGUCAUGGGAAGGGACGCUGUAGAUGUUCUAAACAAGCAAACUUGGUAGAAAUAUGUCUCCUCCCUGAAUUAAGAAUAGCUUGGUAAAAAGCAGAGUGACUAGGUUACAGGAGAAGGCCAGGUAAAAAAUAAAUAAAUCCUAUUUCCCUCUGGAUUGAGAGAUCAGGACAUCUACACAUAUCACGAGACCAUCUCCUUGCUUUUUGCAGGCCAAGUGGGGAGGACCUCUGGUUUGUCUGCUUGAGCACGUCUGGCGUCUGGUGGGGAUUGGGAGCCAGAGGACAGGGUGCAAGGAGCCUGGACAACCUGGUGUUUAUACAGAGGUGGCAGAGUUCCUGGACUGGAUCCAUCAUGUCAUGGAGGUGAGCGGGGGGCGAGGCUGGGAGAGCUGGAGCCAGUUCAUGCAACCAUCAUUGCAGUGGAACACUUGA